AUGGCUGAUCAGCUACCCCAUCAACCCAAUUUGGCCUCUUCAACCCCAGUCUUUCGUGGAUCAGCCACUGCAACUCCUGCCUCGUCCCAGAUUCCAUCAGGUGUAGGUGUCCCCAAUCCUGCAGCUGCUCCUGCAUCUGCCGCUGCCUUUUCUUCGCAACAACACAUUCCUACCCCGCCGCUCAGAUCAGCCAGCGCAUACCCAACAGCAGGCUCAUACCCUAACUAUGGUGUCCAAUACACCUCUGUAGGCUCUACUCUUAACUUGGGUCCCCUAGGGAAUGUCCAACUCGGCGAGGGAGCUACCCAUGCUUUGACGGCUGCGCAAAAAUACUCUGAACAAUUGGAUGAACAACUGGGCAAGUGGGGGGCCCCCAUCAAACCUUGGCUCCCAGCCAUUGGCCGGUUUCUCAUGGUGGCUACCUUUUUCGAGGAUGGCGUUCGUCUCACUUCUCAAUGGCAGUCACAAGUCAAUUACAUUUGGAAAUACCGUGGCGUCCCCAAACUUAUUACGGUUCUGUUUCUGGCCCUCAAUGUGCUGUGCAUGUUUGGUGGCUCAUUAGCCGUUGUGGCCCACAAGCAGCUGGUCUAUGGUGUGGGAGCACUUGCCUUUGUCGUGAUCUCCCAGGCCCUAGUUUAUGGUUUGCUAUUUAACGCCCAGUUUUUUGUUCGCAAUUUAUCAAUUCUCGGUGGCUUGCUUAUGGUGGUUUCUGAUGCCUUUGUACGAGAUAAAAGAGCCCUUUCAAUGCCUGGACUACCUAUGCUAGAACCCAAGGAUCGUGCUCGCUAUUUGCAACUAGCUGGUCGCAUUCUGCUCAUGUUUUUGUAUCUUUCAUAUGCCCUAAGUGACGCUACAACCUGGGCCCGUACUUUUGGCGCCCUGCUAGGACUGAGUGCUUGCGUGUGUGUGGCCAUUGGCUUUAAGGCCCGUUUAUCUGCAGCAUUGCUGGUGCUGAUGCUUGCCUGGCGCAACUUUACUAGCAACAAGUACUGGGACUAUGAGGCUGGCCACCCAGUGCGUGACUUUUUGCGUUAUGAGCACUUUCAGAUUUUGAGCAUUGUUGGUGGUCUUUUGCUGGUGGUAAACUCGGGGCCUGGUGCCAUUAGUGUAGAUGAAAAGAAGAAGAUUUAUUGA